CACUUUGCCCCACACCCGACCUUAUACUUGUGUGUGUAAUUUAUCCUAAUAUUUAAACAAAACCCUAGCUCUGUCUACCUCGUAAUAUUUAAACAAAACCCUAACUCUUCUUCUGACGAUCCGCCACCAUCUCUCUCUUCAGUCUCCGGCGAUGGAUCAGCCACAGAAUGCCUAUCCGUUUGAUGGCUUUUCAAUUAUUCCUGAAGUGUUAGAAAUAUUGGAGUUCGGGGAAGAGGUUCCUCCUGCUUUUCGAGAGGCUGAGAUAGUGGUAGAUCAAGGAUGGACCUUUCUUGAAUUCCUAGCUCAAUUGCUGGGAAACGAUUACGAUGAAGCAUUGUGGUGGAAAUUCGACGGGGGCGAAGUUAUAAGCUUCGGGUUAGAGGGUAGUAAACUGUUUAUAGGAAUAGUAAAGAUCCUCCUUAGUUUUCAUGAGGAGUCAAAAUUUUCCGGUAAUUUGCUUCGCAAUAUUCGCAUUCUAGGCGAUUUGAGUGUCACCCAUAUACCCUCCGCUGAAGAAGAAAACGCUGGAGAAGCAUUUGGUGGUCGAGAGAAUGACAUCAUCCACUUUCGCUGGAUGGUGGCCGCGGUAGUCCGGACAUGUUUUCCAGAGAACUACCGUACCAUAUUAUCAUCUUCUUUUCGCCUAUUUUUUUCUAAAAUUUUCAUCCAUCCUGAAGGCAUAAAAAAUUAUUUUGUAUGCCAGUUGUACCAUCCUAUCUUUUUCAAUUCUUCUGAUAGGUGCAAACUCAUUCGCAUGAUCAAGGAUUUGUAUAAUCAAAAUCCAAAAAUAUUCAGAGAUCGUUUUACACUUUCAAGAUAUGGAUUCUGCCAGUGGUGGUUAAGAAUUGAUAGAGAUCAUGAUGAUCAUGAUGUUUAUCAACGUAAUGUUUGGAAACGUGUGUUGUACCACAGAGGUAAUUCUAGAAAACUAUAUUCUUUCGGAAACAAUUGCUAUGCUCUGCCCCUGUACAUCAGAAAUGUUCACGAACAUUUUCCGGGGGGAAUUUUGCACGAAGAUGUUGAUUCGGGGCUCGAUAUUAUCUUUCCUGGGGUUUCUGCUGCGAUUAUUGACGCGGUGAUUCGUGAUUUGCAUGGGUAUUGGGAUUGUUUUGGAUGCAGUUUUGCAUAUCUUCAACGCACUCCACCAUAUGGGUUGAGUUUUCCACCUUACAGGGCAAGGCAACAAACGAGUGACCAAAAAAUGCCACUAACCUCCCCAGCAACCACUGACUUCCUUGAACAACAACAAUGGCCAUUGUAACAAGGUUCAACAGAGAAGGAUGGGAUGAAUUCUUGGGUACCGUCAAUAGUCUGCUCACAAUUCCAUUGGGGUUUUCAAUAUUUCUUACUAAGGUUAGCCCUUUUGUAUUUUUCUUGUAUUUCCUAGUCUGGAGAUAGUGAAUUACUUUCUGGGCAAAAUUUUAAACUCAGUGAACAUGUUUCUGGUGUAAUCCAUUAUGUUAGUUUCUUGUUAGAUUAAACUUAAUGUAUUUGUAUUAAUAUAGAGUCAACUUUGGGCUCCUUGUACCGAUUCUAGUUAGAAAAUCUUAUUGUAAUUACAAACUAAUUACCACAAUUGACACAUCUGAAAGUAGAACAUUAUUUUCAGUGCCCGUAGUUUGAAUAUCAUGGUAUGAUGUGUUUCCUUUU